UCCACCUCUCAUCAUCACUACAAUAGUCUCUCUCCCUUUGUCUCCUUACACCAUCUUCCCUCAUCUACCCCAUGGCACCAUCUUCUCCCUCCGCCUGUCUCCUCCAAACCACCCAUCUCAGAACCUUCCUCUUAAUCUCUCUUCUGGUCUUUGUGCCCCCCAUUCAUGCGCUGAAACCCCCAAUUCGGCCGCGGGAUAUUCUGCCGUUGUUGCCCAGACAGCUCUCAUGGCCGAUUCUCAACUCCCUCCACAGCGCAGUGGACCUUCUGCCCACUUUUGUGGGCUCUGCCUCCUCCAACGACACUGUCGAGUGGAAAGGGACGUGCUUUUACGAGACCAGGGCUUGGAUGGAGUUCAACAACAAAAGUGGGAGCGAAUUUGGUGGGGGCACACUUCAUAUUAAGGUUAGUAGUGCCCAUAGUUGGACAUGUAUGGACCUUUAUGUCUUUGCAACUCCAUACCAAGUGACAUGGGAUUACUACUUUUUGUCUCGGGAGCAUACCAUUGAGUUCAAUGCAUGGGAAGAAAAAGCUGAGUUUGAAUACGUGAAAAACAAAGGGGUUUCAGUUUUUCUCAUGCAAGCUGGGAUGCUGGGAACCCUUGAAGCUCUCUGGGAUGUCUUCCCAUUAUUCACAAAUACUGGAUGGGGUGAGAACGCAAACCUUGGGUUUCUCAAGAAGCAUAUGGGGGCUUCAUUUCAAACACGUCCUCAGCCAUGGGUUACAAACAUUAGUGUUGAUGAUCUUCACUCUGGAGAUUUCCUUGCAAUAUCAAAAAUUCGUGGACGGUGGGGUGGUUUUGAGACUCUAGAGAAGUGGGUCACUGGAUCUUAUGCUGGUCAUUCCGCAGUUUGCUUAAGGGAUUCUGAAGGGAAGCUAUGGGUUGGUGAAUCAGGACAUAGAAAUGAAAAGGGAGAAGAUGUUAUUGUGACAUUACCAUGGGACGAAUGGUGGGAUGAUGUGCUGACUCAAGAUGAUUCCAAUUCUCAUAUUGCGUUGCUUCCUUUGCAUCCUCACCUCCGAGCCAAGUUUAAUGAGACAGCUGCCUGGGAGUAUGCACGUAGCAGUGAAGGCAAACCUUAUGGUUACCAUAACAUGAUAUUUAGCUGGAUAGAUACUCUGGAUGAAAACUAUCCACCCCCCUUAGAUGCUCAUGUGGUUGCUUCGGUUAUGACAGUUUGGAAUCAAAUGAAGCCUGCAUAUGCUGCUAACUUAUGGAAUGAGGCCUUGAACAAGAGGCUUGGAACUCAGGACCUUGCUCUUCCUGAGAUUCUGGUUGAAACUGAAAAGCGUGGAUCAUCAUUUGAUGAAUUGCUGACAAUUCCUGAGCAGGAUGAUUGGGUUUACACUGAUGGAAAGUCAACAUCUUGUGUUGCUUUCAUUCUGGAAAUGUAUAAGGAGGCAGGAUUAUUUGGUCCAAGUGCUAGCUCUAUUCAAGUAACUGAGUUCACGAUAAAAGAUGCAUACACACUGAAUUUUUUUGAAAAUAAUUCAAGCCGCCUGCCAAAGUGGUGCAAUGAUGGGGACAAUGUGCAGCUCCCUUAUUGUCAGAUCAAAGGAAAGUAUCGAAUGGAAUUGCCAGAGUACAAUACCCUGGAUCCAUACCCUCAUAUGAAUGAAAGAUGCCCAUCCCUGCCUCCAAAAUACUUGAGGUCGGCAAAUUGCUGAAAAGGAUGAAAGGUCCUGCAUCUUUCCCUCCCCGCUUGGAAGCUAUGAUACGUGUGGCUGAUAUCAUACUGGGUUCUCACUUCGCUUCCAUAGUGUGCAAAUCUUAUUUGAUGUCAAGGGAACAAAGAUGCCAAGGGAAAAGUUGGUUGAUGUUAGUCUUCAAUUUGAUGAUCAGAGGCUGUUGAAUGUUGUACAUGAUAGAAAAUGAAUGGAUGUGUGGUUAGGAUGUUAUUCUUUUCACUUCUUUUUCUUGGCACAUGGAAAUUGUUAUGUCUGAAAAGAACCCUUUGUGUAAAUAUCUAUUUGCUGGUGUAAACUGCUGGUAUGAUGCUGCAGAUCAUAUGAAAUAUAUGAAUUGGUUGCAAAUUUAA